AUGUCGUCUCGCGGACGGCCAACGGCUUCCAAACGUGGUGUGCUACCCAACCUAUCGCUUGCUGGGAAACGUGAAGAUCGAACCGCUCCUAAUCUUCCUAAAAAGAAAAAGAAUGAGCACCACUCACAUCGUGGCGGUAGAGGACGUGGUCGAGGAAGAGAUGGAGGCAAAGAACGGCCUGGCCUCAUCGAAUCCUGUGGAAUCUUCUCUGAAGGUCUCAGCGGCGCAGAUCCAAGUCGGCGUGUAAAACCAUCAAAAGUUGAAUUGGGUGAUGGAGUUAUUGCUGGUCGUGUGAAGGAGGAAGCGGUGCCGAUGGAUGAAGACAGAAAGGCUGGUAAAGUUCUGUCGGGUUAUGCUGGCUAUGACGAGCUCUGGGAAAGCGAUGAUGAUGGAGACAUGCAAGAACUCAGUGAACUUCUCAGAGAUGGUUUCAUCUCCGACUACAAGCACGGUACUAUACUACCGCAUGUGCUUCCGCUGGAGCUUCAGUCUCAGUUCAUAGAUUUAAUGGAUAAGGAUGUAAAGAAUGAGAUUCUCGAGCAAGAAGAGGCUUUGAAAGCUGAAAUUGACACCGAUAUCAAGGAACAUAUUUUGGAAGGAACUGAUGGUGAGGAAGAAAUGGAAGAAGAAAGCCCUACAUCAAAGCAAAGUCGGAAAGCUGCGCGGAUUUUAAGAAAUGUGCUCAUGAGUGGUACGAACUUUUUUUUCGUUGAAGUUAACGUCAUUUUCACUAGAGCUACUAAGGUUCUUCUAUCAUCCGUGGCUCACACUCCUUAG